AUGAGUGGUCUGCAUGUUUAUGCUUUGCUCCUGUUUGUAUGUCUAGCAGCAAGAUACACCUCACCUCAACCAGUCGAUCCCCAGGCAGCUACAGAAGCAGCAACUGCAGCAGCAACGGCUGCUGCUGCAGCAGCAGCAGCAGCAGCAGCAGCAGCAGAAUCCGCAACAGCAGCAUCUGCAGCAGUGACCUCCCCCUCUUCUGCAGAAUCUGAAACAGAACAGAAUCAUCAAGACGGACAUGAUCUCGAGCAGCAGGCGCAGCAGCAGCAGCUGCAGCAGCAACCGCAGCAGCAACCGCAGCAGCAGCAGCAGCAGCAAGAAGAUUCAUUCUCGCUGCUGUGGAUAACAGAUAUUCAUUUAGAUCCACUUUAUGACCCCGAGGGCCCCGUCUCAAAGUUCUGCCAUGCCCGUAAACCCCACAGGCCGCAUGCAGCAGCAGCAACAGCAGCAGCAGCUGCUGCUGCUGCCGCUAUUGCUGCUGCUGCUGCACCCCAUAUGCCCUUUCAGAGCUCUCUGAUGUUGAUGCGCAGCCGCAGGCUUAUGAGCCUCUUGUUGUCAAAGGACAAGCAGCAUCAAGAGCAGCAGCAGCAGCAGCAGCAGAAGCAGAAGCAGCAGCAGGGCCACAACCCCCACCGUCGGCAGCUGCACAGAGGGCGACGGCACUCCCGAAGGCAGCAGCAGCACCAUCACCAGCAGCACCACCACCACCACCAGCAGCAGCACCACCACCAGCAGCAGCAGCAGCAGCAGCAUCUUCAUCAUAACCGGCAUCAUCAAUCGCACCGCAGCAGGAGGCAUUGGUGUCGCGGCCACCGCUGUUGGGGACGAAGGAGAGCAGCAGCAGCAGCAGCAGCAGCAGCAGCAGCAGAAACCGAUCCUGAAUUAGGCCGCGCUGGUUGCGACUCUCCUCCCGCUCUUGUAAAAAAAGCAUUAAAAUUUGCUGCUGCACUUGCAAAUCCAGCGACGGGUGCUGCAGCAGCGCCUCCUGCAGCACAUGUUGCUGCAGCAGCAGGUGCUGCAGCAACUCAGGUGUAUACGCUGCCUCCCGUUGCUGCUUUGCUGCUAACAGGAGAUUAUGCUGCUCAUUACCCUGACGCAGAGCUAGAAAAUAGGAAGGAGGCGUUGCGUCAGUGGACAAGACUCUUAUUCGAGCAUUUCCCUCAGUCGUGCAGCGACACACCAGAAGCAGAAUCAGAAGCAACAGCAGCAGCAGCAGCAGCAGCAGCAGGGGGUUAUUCCUCCGGUCAGGAUAAUCAACAAGGGCAGCAGCAGCAGCAGCAGCAGCAGCAGCAGUGCAUGCAAUUGCUGCUAGUUGCAGGGAAUAACGAUAUGCCAGUAGACUAUUUAAUUCCUAAAGAAAAUUCUGAUUGGACUUUUUUUCUAUGGGAUAUCUGGAAGGAGGGUUUACCCCCUCAGGCUAAGGAGACAUUUAUUAAGGGUUUGUAUUAUUCAACAACACUGAGGGGACACCCGAAGGUUAGGGUUUUGUGUCUCAAUACCCUCCUCUAUGCUACGGAGGCACGCAAGAAGAGGCUUGAGCUGCACGCGAAGCAGCAGCAGCAACAGCAGCAUCAACCACAGCAGCAGCAGCAGCAGCCACAGCAGCAGCUACAGCAGCCGCAGCAGCCACAGCAGCCACAGCAGCAGCAGCAGCCACAGCAGCAGACAGAGCAACAGCAGCAGCAGCCAAAGGAGCAGCAAGAGCAGCCGGAGCAGCAAGAGCAGCCGGAGCAGCAAGAGCAGCCGGAGCAGCAAGAGCAGCCGGAGCAGCAGCAGCAGCCGGGGGAGGAGGCAGAGGGGGAGGCAGCAGCUGCAGCAGCAGAUGUGCACACCGACACGCAUGAAUCCAGCAAAAAAGAAACAGAAGAGACAGCGCAACACCAGACAAGCAUACCUGAAGAGGAGGAAGACCCAGCUGGGCAAUUCGCGUGGAUGGAGCAGCAGCUACAGGAGGCUCGGGAGAAAGGGCAGCAAGUAGUAAUAGCUGGCCACGUCCCUCCUGGCUUUGAUUCACAUUUGGGUUUGGGUUUCUCCCAGAUGAGUUUAUGGCGGCCACAGUAUACAGAGAGGUACCGUUCUUUAGUGACUCGUUACGCUGAUGUUCAUUUGGUGGAGACAUUUGGGCAUAUUCACUUUGGUCGUUUACGAGCAUUGGUUCCUAAGGAGGAGGAGACAGGUGUCUCCUUGUCUCCUUCUUCUUCUUCUCCUGCAGAAGCAGCAGCAGCAGCAGCAACAGCAGCAGCAACAGCAGCAACAGCAGCAACAGCAUCAUCAACAUCAUCAUCGUCAACAGCAUCAGAAGCAGCAGAAGCAGCAGCAGCAGCAAAAGGAGCAGCAGAAGCAGUCGUGCUCCUUGGUGCUCCCUCUCUCUCCCCUAUUCAUGGCAAUAAUCCUGCACUUGGUGCAUUAGUGUUUGCAGCAAACUCAUCUCCUGCUGCUGCUGUUGCACCUGCUGCUUCUGGUCCUGCUGCUGCUGAAGCAGCAGCAGCAAAAGAGCCGAAGUUCGGAUUCGAGUACAGCCUGCAGCAGACCUUCUCGCCCUUCUUAGAAGCGCAGCAGCAGCAGGAGCAGCAGCAGCAGCAGCAGCAGGAGGAGCAGCAGGAGGAAGAAGAAGGAGAAAAAAGAAACCUGAAGGAGACAACAGGAGAAGAAGAAGAAGAAGGAGACAGCAGCAAGGAAGAGGAGACAGAUAAAGAAGGGAUAAUAGAUGGGGAGACAGCUGUUAAUCUAGGUAAGGCUAUAGAUAUGUCUCCUGUUGCCUUCGCUCUCUAUGAUUGGCAUGCAGCAGCAGGAGGGCUGCGUGUAUCUAGUAGGGUACGCAGCUGUGAGGUAUUGUCUCUAUCAGAGGAGGAGCUUCAGCGCUGCCUACUAAACCCUAAACCCUAA